AUGUCAAGCCCAUUCGCCCGCACAGCCCUCACCAAGGCCACCUCUCUCAUGCGCGCCGGCCCUCCCUCAAUCCCCAAAAAGAGCGGCGGAAACUCCCUCAACGGCGAACCCAGAAACGAUCUCAUCAAGAAGGUCCUCUUCGACGCCCCUCCUCGCCCCCCAGUCCGUCUCUCGCCCGAGGAUAUGACCCGUCACGAGACCAUUGAGCGUGCCUGGAAGCUUGUCCGUCAACAACAGAAGCAGGCCCAGGAGGAAGGACUCGCCAGGAAGUUUGAGAUGAUGCGUAAAGCCAACGCUGAGUUGGAGGCUACGAGUGCUCAGUUGUUCAAGCAUUCUCAGACAAAGGAGCGUCAUGCUGUCUUUCCUAGGCAACUCAGGACUUUGACCGAUACUCCUCCCAAGCAAAUCUGGAACUACCGCCAACCCGUCGCUGCUCCUUCUCCCAAGGCAUAA